AUGCUGCCCACAGUCCGCUGUGACCUUGCUUCUCUUCUCUUCUCACUAGUCAUCAUUCCCUACAGCGAAUACCAAAUCAGUGCGACACCUUCACUUCAAAUACUCUCACUUUUUCCACUGUAUGGUUGCCUCUGCAGCUUGUCGCCUAUCUUCUGUGCUUUGUUGAUUGAUGCUUCGAGUACGCCUGACCUCGAGCAACUUACUAACCUCAUUCUAAAUCUUCUGUGCGACUACGGAUUCAGCAACUGUUCAUCUUCCGUCGAGAACGCCGCGCUUCUGCGCUUCUAUGGCCGCUGGGCCUGUCUAAGAGUACCACGCGCUUCUCGCCCGUAUGUCGUUCGUGAUGCAUGUUACUACAGUACGCUCACGCGUCAAUCAUCUCCUACCAGAUCAUCCAUCAAGGUCUCAAUCAGUAUUGCCCAUGGAGGGCGCAAGUCACUCAUCAUCACAGCCGUCAAGACAUCGUCAGUCAUGCCAUCCAAGCAUGCACUGGAAAUGCAAACCCACGGCGCACAACAAGCGCAUGCAGUCUACAACCCCACAGGUGUUAAGGUCGUCUCAUCAUUAGAGAGACCAGCGUCUGAGGAGGCCACAAGGCCAUGCCAUGCCCCAACCUCAAGAGCACAAAGCCCAUACGUAUACAGGACUGAAGUCCUCAUGUUUGUAGCCAGCAAGGUUGUAAAGCCCUCAAGCGCUCUCAAGCGCACAGCGCUCCAGCGUGCCUAG